CUACACAGUGAACGUGUGCGUCGGGAGCGACGGGGGCACGAGCUGCUGUAGGGUCGACCGACCGACGAGUAUCUGGAGAUGAAGGAGAGAAAGAUGGAGAUGAAACAGCGGGUUUAGCAUUAUAACGGCAAAAACUGGCGAUAUAGUAACAUAAUCUGUGGCCUCCUCCUUCUUUUUAAAGCGCAUGUUUCAUGAAACCUCUCGGAGGAAGAGCUUUAAUCCCAGUAGAAGGAGGUGGAUGUAGGGAGAGAGUUGUGGAGGGAGGGCUGUAGCUGCUGGAGAGGGACAACAACAUGGCGGCGGUGGAGCUCGAAUGGAUCCCAGAAACCCUGUACAACACCGCUAUCUCCGCGGUGGUGGACAACUACAGCCGCUCCAGACGGGACAUACGGUCGCUGCCGGAAAACAUACAGUUCGAUGUCUAUUAUAAGCUUUACCAGCAGGGCCGGCUCUGCCAGCUGGGAGGAGAGUUCUGUGAGCUGGAGGUGUUUGCUAAAGUACUGCGGGCUUCAGACAAAAGACACCUCCUGCACCACUGCUUUCAAGCGCUAAUGGACCACGGUGUGAAAGUGGCCUCGGUUCUGGCGAACUCCUUCAGCCGCCGCUGCUCCUACAUCGCAGAGUCUGAUGCCCAUGUCAAAGAGAAGGCCAUCCAGUUUGGCUUUGUGCUGGGUGGCUUCUUGUCUGAUGCAGGCUGGUAUGGAGAUGCAGAGAAAGUGUUUCUGUCGUGCCUGCAGCUGUGCACGCUCCACAGUGAGGUCCUCCACUGCUACCGGGCUGUGGAAUGCUGUGUCAGGCUGCUUCAUGUCCGCAAUGGCAACUGUAAGUACCACCUGGGGGAGGAGACCUUCAAGCUUGCUCAGUCUUACAUGGACAAACUAGCCAAACAUGGCCACCAGGCCAACAAGGCAGCGCUAUAUGGCGAGCUUUGUGCCUUGCUCUUCGCCAAAAGCCACUAUGAUGAGGCAUACCGGUGGUGUAUAGAGGCUAUGAAGGAAAUUACUCCAGGGCUGCCCGUCAAAGUAGUGGUUGAUGUCCUCCGGCAAGCCUCCAAGGCCUGCGUCGUGAAGAGAGAGUUCAGAAAAGCAGAGCAGCUGAUCAAACAUGCAGUGUUUCUAGCAAGAGAGCAUUUUGGACACAAGCAUCCCAAGUACUCGGAUACGCUGCUAGAUUAUGGAUUUUACUUAUUAAAUGUAGACAACAUAUGCCAAUCGGUUGCUAUUUACCAGACAGCACUGGACAUCCGACAGUCUGUGUUCGGAGGGAAGAACAUCCACGUUGCCACAGCCCAUGAAGACCUGGCUUACUCCUCAUAUGUGCACCAGUAUAGUUCUGGGAAAUUUGACAACGCUCUAUUCCAUGCAGAACGUGCCAUAGACAUCAUAACUCACAUUCUGCCGGAGGACCAUCUGCUGCUGGCCUCCUCUAAGAGAGUCAAAGCUCUUAUUCUGGAGGAAAUCGCGAUUGACUGCCACAAUAAGGAGACAGAAGAACGCCUUCUUCAAGAGGCUCAUGACCUUCACCUCUCCUCACUGCAGCUGGCCAAGAAGGCCUUCGGAGAGUUCAACGUCCAGACAGCCAAACACUACGGCAACCUAGGACGACUCUACCAGUCUAUGAGGAAGUUCAAGGAGGCUGAGGAGAUGCACAUCAAAGCCAUCCAGAUCAAGGAGCAGCUUCUGGGCCACGAGGACUACGAGGUGGCUCUGUCUGUGGGUCACCUGGCAUCCCUCUACAACUACGACAUGAACCAGUAUGAAGACGCAGAGAGGCUCUACCUGCGCUCCAUCGCUAUCGGUAAGAAGCUGUUUGGAGAGGGUUACAGUGGGCUGGAGUACGACUACCGAGGCCUGAUCAAACUCUACAACUCAGUGGGAAACUACGAGAAGGUGUUUGAAUACCACAACGUACUGUCCAACUGGAACCGACUGAGGGACCGGCAGUUUGCCGUGGCAGAUGCCCUGGAGGACGUCAACACUACGCCCCAGCAGACCCAGGAGGUGGUACAAGCUUUCCUAUUGGCUCAGAGCAUGGGCCCCACCCGCCCCUGUCUCGGCUGAUUUUAUGAGGGAAGAGAAGGAAGAAAAAAGACAUGUGGGCUUUAGCCUGGUGAGGACACCUACUCAGCCCAAAAAUGUGGUGCUUCAGUUGCACACAGUUAAUUAGUAAUGCACAGUAAAUUCAAGCAUCACCGGCGAGUCAGUUGGCUUUAUAGUCACUGCAGCUGCCAGUACACACACAGACAUACACACACAUUUAGUGAUGGAAUUAAAAAAAAAAAAAAGAAGUAAGGAAGACACCGUUAUGAAACCUCAUCGACAUUCACACAAACUCCAGACUGGAUGCAGUGUCACCCCACUGAGCAGACUGUUGCAUUUGAGGACACAAGACUGAGGGGAGGUGGGGGGGUUAAAAAAACAAACCUCAACCAUCCUGCAAGGAUGACAAAUGAUCUCUCCUCUUCUCUUGUCUCGCUCGCCUUUUUUUUUUUCAUUUUUGCUUUUUGUAUUUGAACCAGUGUAGCUCUGAAUGCCAUGAGACUCAUCACAGAUCCAAACCAUGUUCUCCAGGGCUCUAUAUACAGGGCCGCGUCUGGACCCCACACACAUCUGUGAAAAACUUGUUUUAUCCCACAUCCAUCGACAUCAUCAGGUGGUGGAUCAGAGAUGGAAAAUGUCAGAUAUUUUUGACACUUGUACAGUAAAAUAAUACAGCAGAUUGUACACUUGUUUUUUUUUUUUUUCUUUGCAAAGAAAUGGACCCUCAGAGAACUCCUGUUCUGAACUGCUUUUUAGAGAGAGAUUACAAACAGUGGAAUGUGUUCAACCAGUGGGUAUAUAAAGUUACACAUACACAACAGGCUUCACAGGUCUUGUUUUCAAUAUACUUUAUCUCUUUUUUCCAGCUGACGAUAAUUAAAAUGCCAACAAUUUAUAUGCAAAAGUGUAUCUUUAUGUAGCCCUUUGUGUAUGCUUUUCUUACUGAGUGAGCCAUGAAUUCUGAAGAAACAGCCUCACACUUUAAAACAAGAGACUUGAAUUGGAGUGAAGAGGGGAAGAUGCUACAUGUACAGAGGCUUAUAAGCCUCCCUUUAUGUGUUAAUUGUAAGGUGUGGCUUCAUGUAUGAGUGUGUGUGUGUGUGUGUGUCAGUAUACACAGAUAGAACUCUGGGUGCUCAAGUGCUCCACUGAUGAUUACCAGCCUUACACCAGCUUGCAGUUAUCUGUCUGUAGACGGACCCAUACUUCUAAGUGCUAAAUAAACUAUUAUACCCAUAAGGGCACUACAA